CUGGAGGGAGAAGCAUGCAGGGCACGCCUGGAGGGGGCACGGGCCCUGGGCUGUCCCCUGUGGACAGGCGGACGCUCCUGGUCUGCAGCUUUAUUCUGGCAGCAGCUUUGGGCCAAAUGAAUUUCACAGGAGACCAGGUUCUUCGAGUCCUGGCUAAAGAUGAGAAGCAGCUUUCACUUCUCAGGGAUCUGGAGGGCCUGAAGCCCCAGAAGGUGGACUUCUGGCGUGGCCCAGCCAGGCCCAGCCUCCCCGUGGACAUGAGAGUUCCUUCCUCUGAACUGAAAGAUGUCAAAGCUUAUCUGGAGUCUCACGGUCUUGCUUACAGCAUCAUGAUAAAGGACAUCCAGGUGCUGCUGGAUCAGGAGAGAGAGGCCAUGGCGAAAUCCCGCCGGCUGGAGCGCAGCACCAGUAGCUUCAGUUACUCCUCUUACCACACCCUGGAGGAGAUAUAUAGCUGGAUGGACAACUUUGUAACUGAGCAUUCAGAUAUUGUCUCAAAAAUUCAAAUUGGCCACAGCUUUGAAAAUCGGUCCAUUCUUGUCCUAAAGUUCAGCACUGGAGGGUCUCAGCGCCCGGCCAUCUGGAUGGACACUGGAAUUCACUCCCGGGAGUGGGUCACCCAUGCCACUGGCAUCUGGACUGCUAAGAAGAUUGUCAGUGAAUACGGCGAAGACCGCAUCCUGACAAACAUACUGAUGUCCAUGGACAUCUUCAUGGAGAUCGUCUCCAACCCCGAUGGGUUUGCUUUUACCCACAGCAUGAACCGCUUGUGGCGGAAGAACAAGUCCAACAGACGCGGGAUCUUCUGCAUUGGCGUGGACCUUAAUAGGAACUGGAGAUCAGGCUUUGGAGGAAAUGGUUCUAACGACAAUCCCUGCUCAGAGACUUAUCGCGGGCCUUACCCUCACUCAGAGCCAGAGGUGGCUGCCAUAGUGGACUUCAUCACGGCCCAUGGGAACAUCAAGACUCUGAUCUCCAUCCAUAGCUACUCUCAGAUGCUCAUGUACCCUUAUGGCCACCUGUUGGAGCCUGUUUCAAACCAGGAGGAGUUGUACAACCUUGCCAAGGAUGCAGCGCAAGCCCUGUACGAGGUCCACGGGAUCAAGUACAUUUAUGGCAGCGUCAGCAGCACCCUCUAUAUGGCCAGCGGGAUCACCGUUGACUGGGCCUACGACAAUGGCAUCAAGUACUCCUUCAGCUUCGAGCUCCGGGACACUGGGCGCUAUGGCUUCCUGCUGCCGGCCACAGAGAUCAUCCCCACGGCCCAGGAGGUGUGGAUGGCAAUUCGGACCAUCAUGAAGCACACCCUGAAUCAUCUCUACUAGCAACACGGGCAGAGCAGGAGGGCUCGUCCUCUUCCCCAAGGCCUGGGGCUCCUCCUGAACCCCAAGUCAUGCAUCCCAUCCCCCACACCCCUGCCCUGACCCCUUAGAAAAUAAAAACAAGUUGGAACAGGC